UUCUGUAUAAGAGGAGAAAGACUCCUCAUGACGUUCCUGAAGAAACUGAAAUCUUUUCUACUACUAAGAAAUAGAAGUCGUAACUGCGUUUGCGCAAAACAAUUAUUAUGUUUAAGAAACACCAUUCUAAAUUGAGGUAAUUUAGACUAAUUUACUUCUGCCCAUAUCAUGAAAUAUAUUGCUUCAAUGUUAAAAUAGCAUAAUUUUCUUAUACUCUUAUUGUAUCGAUCGUUUGAAAUUCACGAGAUAUUCAAGAAAAAUAGUACAAUAAUUUUUACCAUGGACACAGUUGUGUCGUAGCUUUUGUAUGAAAUGUAUGUGAUCGAGGAACGCUAUAAGAUUAAUCGAAUAAUUCUUAAGACGCUUGGGUUAUGGCCCUAUCAGCAAUCGUAUUUCACGCAAAUACAUAAAGUUCUGUUUGCUAGUAUUCUUUUGACAUUUAUUCUUGCUCAGUUGCUGGUAUUUAUUACAACACAGUACAAUACGGAUCUUCUUUUCACAAUUCUCUCAUUCGUCCUUCCUGUUCUUUUCGCUACUGUAAAAUAUUUCCUUUUUAUCGUUGAAACAAAUAGUGUAAGUUCAACGAGAUAAGCCGGUUAUUUGAGAACGUUUAGUUGUAACAUUUAUAAAGUAAAGUGUAUUCUAAAUGUUGAUAAAGAAAAAUGGUACAGUUGAAGCAAUUAAUGGAGCAGAUCAGAAAUGACUGGAAUUCGUUGAAGGAUAAAUUGGAAAUUGAUAUUAUAGAAAAAUACGCUAGUAAUCUGAGACUUUUUACAAUAAGUGCGAUGGCGUUUAGUUACAUUGCCGUAUUCCUUUUCGGAAUACUUCAACGUCUACCGUUGAUCCUCGAUAUUAUAUCACCAUUAAACGAAUCACGACCUUAUCAGCUUUUCGUGAUCAAAGAAUACUUUGUCAGUCAAGAUAAAUAUAUCCAGGUUAUGAUGCUACAUGAGUUUUUAGUCUACUUCAUAGGAACGAUCACAGUGUAUGGCACUGGUACGACAAUUAUGACAUAUGUAACGCAUUUAUGUGCAUUACUUAAAAUUGCAAGCUAUCGAAUAGAAAAUGCUAUCGAGAGAAAUAUAUUAGCAAUCCCUAAUCCUGAAAAGAAGUAUCUUCUUCAUCAGAAGAUUAUACAUGCAGUUGUUAUUCAUCAAAGAGCUGCCGAGUUUAAUGAAUUUAUGACAUCUAUUUUUUUAAUUCCAUUCGUUAUUCUGAUCGUAGUUGGCAUUAGUUCUUUAACUUGCAGUCUUUAUCUAUUUUUUCAAGUAUUAUCAUCAAAUAAUAUCAGUAAAGCAUUUUUGAUCGUUAUAUUAAUACUUGCUCAUUUGACUUAUUUGUUUAUGGCUAAUUAUUGCGGACAAAUAGUGCUCAAUAACGGAGUAGACUUAUUCAAAGCCAUUUAUAAUGGAUUAUGGUAUGCAGCGCCAUUGUCUACGCAGAAAUUGUUAUUAUUUAUAAUGCAAAGAGGAAGCGUAAAUCUUAACAUAUCGUUUUUUAGCAUAUUCGUUGCAUCUUUGGAUGGUUUUGCUUCGCUCACGAGUACGGCAGUAUCCUACUUCACAGUGAUUUAUUCUACGCGAUAAUAAUAAAUCAGAAAAAAAAUCAAUUUUCAAUUAUAUUUGUUAUCAAAUUAACAUAGUUGUGUAACGCAUGUACAUAGAAAAUGCGUUGAAUAUAUGCUACUAACAAUAUAUGUAAAUGUAUAUUUUUUUACUCCAACACUCUUG